CUCAAUAUCAAUCACCACGUAUAAUCGAGCACCCGACAGAUUUAGUAGUGAAAAAGAAUGAACCUGCCACACUGAAUUGCAAAGUUGAAGGCAAACCGGCGCCAACAAUUGAAUGGUUUAAGGACGGUGAACCUGUGAAUACAAAUGAGAAAAAAUCUCAUCGUGUACUUUUCAAGGAUGGCGCCUUGUUCUUCUAUCGCACGAUGCAAAGCAAAAAGGAACAGGACAGCGGCGUUUAUUGGUGCGUUGCAAAGAACCAUGUGGGCAAGGCUGUCAGCCGUCAUGCAACCCUACAAAUAGCAU